UGAGCCCUACGAGUGUGUGUGGGAAGUGAGCGAGAGGCGGGGGAGGAACACGGCCCCCCAAAAAUGUGAAAAACCAAACAGUGCUAGCCAGCUAGUUCCGGGUUCCCGCCGCGUGAAGUCCUCAAACUGGUGAGACUCGGUCUUCAGCCAGGUUCCUCCCGGGAACCGCGAGCCACCGGGGUGCGGGGUGGGUGGCCAGGGGCAGGGCCCGGGCGCGCUGCGCGGAUAGCCGUGUCGUGGGCGGGCUGGGUUCGGUCACUCUGCACGGGAAGGCGCCUCCAGCGCUGGGCCUGGACUGCACGCCCCCGCGGCCUUGCUAGCUCCCGGCUUGGCUAGAAGUCUAACUCAGAGGAACAAGGCCUGUCUGUGCUCGGAAACCAGCCACCAGCUGCUGGGGUGGACGCAGAUGGAGGGCCUGUCCUGGCCAGCCUCAUGUAAGUUCCUGAGUUGAAAGGGAAGGAAAGUCCGCGCCUGAGAGUUGAAGGCAGAUUGCCAACUACCAGGAAAGUUUGUUUGUUUUUUUUGUUAUUGAUAAAAGCGUUGCUUGACUUGGGGGAGAUGCAACUGGCCCUGCAGCUGGACCUCUAAGUGGUCAUUGGAGGCCACAAAGAAUGAACAGGCCUUAAGCUGUGAUUGGGCUGCCGUACUUGAAGUAUCAUUCUUGGUAGCUGCGGGGAACAGGCUUGUAGUGUUGGAGUAAAAAUCAAAAACAAAACAAAAAACCCUGCCAGCAAUACAAAACAAUAGCAGAAGCAUGAGUGUGGAAGCCAAGUACCGUGCUGCAUCCCUGUAUGUGGGUGACCUCCACGAAGAUGUCACCGAGGAUGUGUUGUUCAGGAAGUUCAACACAGUGGGACCCGUGUUGUCCAUCCGCAUCUGCAGGGACCUGGUGUCCCGUCGCUCCCUAGGCUAUGCCUAUGUCAAUUUCCUCCAGCUGGGUGAUGCCCAGAAAGCUCUAGACACCAUGAACUUUGAUUUGAUCCAAGGCAAAUCCAUACGUCUCAUGUGGUCUCAACGGGAUGCAUACCUGAGGAAAUCAGGAAUCGGGAAUGUGUUUAUUAAGAAUCUGGACAAAUCCAUUGAUAACAAAACCUUAUAUGAACACUUCUCACCGUUUGGAAAGAUCCUGUCCUCCAAGGUGAUGAGCGAUGAAGAAGGCUCCAGGGGCUACGGCUUCGUGCACUACCAGGACCAGAGCGCAGCAGACAAAGCCAUUGAGGAGAUGAAUGGGAAGCUGCUGAGGGACUGCUCAGUGUUUGUGGCCAGAUUCAAAAGCCGUAAGGAUCGCGAGGCUGAGCUCAGAAGCAAAACCAGCGAAUUCACUAAUGUGUACAUCAAAAACUUUGGCGAUGAUAUGGACGAUGAGCGGCUUAAGGAAGUGUUCAGCAAAUACGGCCAAACUUUGAGCGUUAAGGUGAUGAAAGAUGCUGACGGAAAGUCCAAAGGCUUCGGGUUUGUGAGUUUCUAUAGUCACGAAGCUGCCAAAAAUGCAGUUGAAGAAAUGAAUGGACAGGAUAUAAACGGGCAGACAAUUUUUGUAGGCAGAGCUCAGAGGAAGGUAGAACGCCAGGCUGAGUUAAAGGAAAAGUUUGAAGAGAUGAAAAAGGAAAGAAUCCGCGCACGCCAAGCGGCGAAGCUCUACAUUAAGAACCUGGAUGACACCAUCGAUGAUGAAACACUGCGCAAGGAAUUUUCUUCCUUUGGGUCCAUUUGCAGAGUUAAGGUGAUGCAGGAAGCAGGGCAGAGCAAAGGGUUUGGCUUGAUCUGCUUUUUCUCUCCCGAGGCAGCUGCUAAAGCAAUGGCUGAAAUGAAUGGCCGUGUCCUGGGCUCCAAACCCCUCAACAUUGCCCUGGGUCAGAAGCACUGAACUACAACAAGAAAUCCUACCUCUCCAAUUUGAGUAGCAGCUAGGAGAACAGUACUGCUCUCCACUUGUAGGGUGCUAUGAGGGUAAGCUUCAAGACUAAACUAGGUGGCUGCUUAAUCCAUUGCACUUGUGCAAGGAAUUGUAUAGAAGCAUUUCUUGUGUGUGUAUGAAAAAGCAACUGCGUUUUAGAGGCUUGGUUUGUUCUAUAUGUUGAAUUCUCAAAUUUAAAAAACACAUUUUUCCUUAUUUUCUAAUAUUCACAACCAUUUAAUUGGUUACAUUUUAUUAUGUUUUGAACCAAAUACUUGUAUUUAUUGCAUAUUUUAUUCCUUCCUUUUGAUAAUGUUGCAAGCUUUAAUUUCUCCUAUGAAAAAAUGCCCCCAACAAAUUUAAUGAUAGUUUACUUUUUACCAAGAGGGAUUUUAACAUUUUUCAUGGAAGCAUUUUUUUCUUUUUUCUUUUUUUUUAAUUUUAACAACUCAAAAAUUUAGAAAUUGCUAGUCAGAAAUCAGUGAAAUACUAAAUUGUACUUUUGACUUAAUGUUUUUAAUACCAAGCAAUAGUGUUAACAUACACACGUACAUACAUGCAAACACAUAUAUUGGUAUGUUUUGGUUUUAGAUAGUCUACAUUAAGGUGGUGGUAGAGAAAAUUUUUAUUUUGGGUUACAUUUUCUGUGUCUUUACUGAAAUCUGAGUGUUUUUAUUUUCUUGUCUAAUUGUUCUUAUAUAGUAAAGCUUUACUUUUUAUAUUUCCUCAUUUUAUAUUCAUA